GCUACACAUACUAGAUCUAGAUUCUAGGUCUUUCUUUCUAUGUAGCUUAGCUGUGACCAGUAUGACAUAGCAAAACCAAAAUAAAAUGACAGCGCUGGUGAGCUUAUCACCUUUGCAGCAAAGAAAAGUAUCUGCAAUCAUCGGUGCAUGUGUAGCUGACGCUGCUGCACAACCAUUGCACUGGAUUUACAAAGAUGAAGAUAUGCAAAAUGUUAUAGGAGAUAGGGAGGAAAUAGAAUUCACAACACCAUCAGCUAAUCCUUUUUAUAGAAUAGCAAAUGGAAGAAACACAUGUUAUGGAGACCAAGCCUUUGUAAUGUUAAAAUCAUUAGUAGAUUCAAAGGGGCUAGAUGUUGCUACAUUGAUACAGGACACUUACAACUUCUUUGGGCCAGACUCAGAAUAUGAAACUUCACAGACAACAUAUCCCCGUAAUGGCCCUUAUCGUCAUGGAUCUAUCAGAGAUUUUUUGAAGAAUAUUUCAGAAAAUAAAACUCCACCUGGUUCUGCUGAAGAUGAUCAAAUAGAUUGUGUUGUAAGGAUCAUUCCUCUAGUAGCUCUAUAUGCUGGACACCCAGACAUGUUGAUGAAGGUGGAGCAAGGUCUCAGAGUUCUACAGGAAUCUGAUAUGGCUGUAGCUACUGGCUUGGCAGCAGCAAGAAUUCUGGAGCAAUACAUUUUGCAUGAGAGCCCUGGAGAUGUCUUUCAGUCAGUGGUAGAAGCUCUACGUGACCCAAACCGUAAAUGUCCCCAGGAACUUGACAAUGCUAUUAUAGGACAAAUUCGGCAAGUUAUCAAGGAAAAGGACACUAACCAUUUUCAAGCCGUCAAUAAGUCUUUCAAAAAGAACUGACACUUGCCUGAAUCCUUUCAGUCCACACUACAUGGUUUAAUCAGUGCAACUAGCUACGUUGAUGGUAUUCGCACCACUAUUAGAGUUGGCGGUUGCAAUGCCUCACGCAGUGGGUUUAUUGGUGCAUGUAUGGCUGCUAAGGAUGGCCUUGAGACGAUCCCUGAAACCUGGAGAAAUAAAACCUUACAGUACACACAAGUUCUAGAACUCUCCUUGAACCUGUUAAACAUUCCUGUGUAGCUGCUCCACUCUACGAGAAAGUCUAACUAGAGAUGUUUUUGUAAUUGUAACCUAGGUUAUUGUUUACUUAUGUUUGAUGGUUCAGGGUAAUGUGAACAGAUAUUUUCACUUUAUUACUAUUAGCCAGUACUAAGAUAUUUUUUAUCAUCAUUUAUUUUACUCUCAAUCUUUAAUUAAUUAGUGACAUUAAAUCUUUUGCAAAUACUUUUUUUUUAAAUUGUUUAUAAAAAACGUAAAUGUGAAGAUUGUAUGAUGACUUAAAGAGAAAAAUUAACUCUUUAAUUCUGAAGUUUAAUAUCUGUCCAUUUGUGUUUACACAAACAAUUUUAACAAAGAGUAUAAGCUACAACAUUUGUUUUAAAUGUAUCAUUUCUCAAAAUAAAAAUUUGAUAAAAUAUUCA